AUGGCGAAGGGUUCAAUCAACAAAAGCCUUUGUAACAUCAAAGAUGGCGUCUUUCUUGAAGAAGCAGACGAUGAAGACAGAACUCUUAUAGAGGAACAGGCAAGAAAGGAAUGGAGCACAUUUGUAGUGUCACGGGGCCGGGAAUUGAAACCAGGUGGUUACUUGGUAGUUGUUACACCAUCCUGUAAUGAGGGUAAUACGUCUACAUGUCAUAUCGCUGGUGGACCUAUGCAACUUGGAGGAUUGGUCCGGAAUAUGUAUAAGGAGGGUCUAAUAACUGAGGACGAAUACCUCAACACAAACUUUAAUACACACUAUUUGAGAACCGAAGUCGACUUCCGGGAGCCUUUUACACAUUCACAUUCUGAAGUGACGGGCCUUGGACUUGAGAUGGUCUCUGUUAGAGGAAGCAAACACUAUGUGCAUCAUCCAGUGUACGACAUUGUUGACAAAGAUGCUAAAGAAAAAGAACAGUACGCAGAACACAUUGUGGCGGGGAUCCGGCCAUGGUUGUACUAUGUGAUUUACGGGGGAUUGAAUCAGAGCCGAACAGAGACAGAGAAACAGACCAUAGUUGAGGAGUAUUUUAACAGAGUCUAUCGACACGCCUACUCUAACUCUAAUCAUAAACCAUAUAUGGUAGUGUCAGAGGUUGUAAUCCGAAAAUCGAACCACUAA